AUGGCUUCUUUACUAGGCGCAGGGUACGAAUCGAGCGACGAUGACGCCACCGUCCCCAAUCCUUCAGUGACGACUGCGACCACGAUUGUCGCUGCCCCGGAAGUCAAUACAGAGGUUUGGUCCCCUCUCAUGGCAACUCGAGUGCCGGUCGCAAUUGAGAUCGAUCAAGCGCACAUGCAGAUGACCCUUGCCAAUACCUCGUCGCAAGCCCUCACGUACAAUGCCACUUACGAUGAUCUCACACGACCGUCGCAGGGUCCCGUGAACCCCUUCAAACCAGCCGGUCCUGGAAAUGGAGUUAAGCGGAAGAAUGUUCCCACGGGAUUCGCGGAGGAGGCAGCCAUCAGUGAGGCGACAUUCGCCGCGCAACAUCGCACGUUCCAGAGCCUGGGAUACACUCGCAAUCCAACAGUGCCGGAUCACUUCGUUGGAGAUUUGGAAAAGGUCGCGCAAUAUGGAGGGCGAGAUGUCGUCCAGAUGAAGCCAUCCAAGGAGGCCUCUGCAGCGUGGCGCGCCAAGCGACAAAAGAAAGGCGAUUCCAGCAUUGUGGAAGGUGAAGGUGCUUACCUGGGACCCUGGGCCCAAUACAACAAUGAGCAGCAGUAUGAGGAGAUUGAGGUCGGUUCGGGAGAAGAGCGUGAGCUGGCGAGCGACGAGGAGUGGGCGGAGGAGAAUGAGACCUUGGCCCCUGCGGCGCCUUUGCCGGCCAUGAGCAAGGAAGCCACCGAGUAUCUGGGGGAUACGUCCAAGGUGGAAACGACCGAAUUCCACGGCUCCGAACAAUUCGACUACCAGGGCCGCACGUAUAUGCAUGUGCCCCAGGACUUGGAUAUCGACCUGCGCAAAGAAGUGGGCAGUAUCAAGAACUAUGUGCCCAAGAAAUUGGUGCAUACCUGGAAGUCUCAUACCAAGCCCAUCACUUCGUUGCGGUUUUUCCCCACUUCGGGUCAUCUGCUGCUUUCUUCGGCGGCGGACGGAAAGGCCAAGAUCUGGGAUGUGUAUCACUCUCGGGAGCUCCUUCGAACAUUUUCUGGUCACACCAAGGCCAUUUCGGAUACCGACUUUGACCCUACUGGAAAGACUUUCUUGACCGGUUCGUAUGAUCGCCAAAUCAAACUUUGGGAUACCGAAUACGGCAAAUGUCUGGGGCGAUUCUCCACCGGCAAGACACCGCACGUCGUGCGCUUCAAUCCCGGUGUCGAGCAUGGCCACGAAUUCUUGGCCGGUAUGUCCGACAAGAAGAUUGUUCAAUUCGACACUCGAUCCGGCGAACUGGUCCAAGAAUACGACCACCAUCUGGCAGCUGUCAACACCAUCACCUUUGUCGACGACAACCGCCGGUUCAUCUCAACGUCCGACGACAAAUCCCUUCGAGCUUGGGAAUACGGCAUCCCCGUCCCCAUCAAGUUCAUCGCCGAGCCGUACAUGUUUGCUCUCACCCGUGCGACACCGCAUCCAAACGGCAAGUACGUGGCCUUCCAGUCGGGUGACAACCAAAUUGUGGUCUACGGCGCCACCGACAAGUUCCGACAGAAUCGGAAAAAGAGCUUCCGCGGCCACAACAACGCCGGAUAUGGCAUUGACAUUAAAAUCUCGCCGGAUGGCCAAUUCCUCAUGUCAGGCGAUAGCGGCGGCUUUGUCUGUUUCUGGGAUUGGAAGACGGGCAAAAUGUAUCAUAAGAUUCAGGCGGGUGGAAAGGAAGGACAGCCCACCACUUGUCUGGACUGGCAUCCACAGGAGACUAGUAAGGUCGUCACGGGUGGUGGGGAUGGCAUCAUUAGAUACUGGGACUAA